UCCUUCCUUGUGCUUUCAUCAUUUGGCUUCUGGCCCUGCCCUCUGGGGCAAGAAUGAGCCAAUCACGGCCUCUUCUGGGAUAGGAGGGGGCUCCGGCCUCCUGGACUCUGCCAAGGCCUCCGGGCAGCAGCUCCUCCCUCCAGGUUGGCCCUUGGCCUUCAGGACCAGGUUUCCCAGCUGAUCUUUGCAGAGCGGAUGUGUCUGGUGAAGGUUUUGGGGCAGCCUCGAGAAAAGGGGGUGGGGGUGAAGCCCCCAGGAUCUCCCAAUCUUCUCCUGGGCAAGGGGGAUGAUGCAGCGCAGGCCUUUGCACCCACCGGGGCUGCCCAGAGCUACCGUGUGACCCACAAGAACCUUCUGGCCCUUGCAUUGCCCAGGUUCCUUUCAAGGCUGGCAUUUUUUACUUGCUGUCUCCCCCUUUCCCGAAGCAGGUCCCGGUGCUGGACUCGGAGAAGCCCCGCCCGGGCCGACCUCCGUCCCCGGAGUGGGAGCGAGAGAGCCUGCCCCACUCCUGUGCUCAGGAGGCCCUUGGGAGACCAAGCAGGAGGCUAAGAUGACCCUUCGGGGGGGCCCGGGAGAGGCCGGAGGUGGGCUGGGAAGCGCAUUCCCCUCCCACGCUCCACCCGCGACGGGGUCUAGGCAACUGGGAAACCCAAGGACUCUCCGCUUAAAGCAUCAGAAUUCCUUCCAUUCGUUUCCGCAUAUCAGUCCUUGGCGAGCGCGGCCCUCGGCGGUCCGCUUCAGAAGCGCACAAGGGCGGCGGCGGCGGCGGCGGCGAGUGGAGCCUUGGCCGCCUCCGGAGAGGCUCCCGGUCCAGGCAGCGGGAUUCCGCCCCAGCCGCCGCUUCCUCCUCCCUCCGGGGCGGGGCGGGGCGGGGGCGGUGCUGGCGAGGCGGCCAUGGCGCGUCGUUCGGCGGUGCUGCGCGCCCAGCCCUGCGCUCUGGCGGCGGCGGUGGCACUGGCGCUGGCCUGCGCGCUCUACUACGCGGGCUCCGGCCCCGCGCGGCGCGCCCCGCCGCCGCCCCCGGCGCCCUCUUCCCCGGCGCCCGCCGGCCCGGCGCCGGAGAGCAAGGCCAAGGCGGGCGAGGAGCUGCUGCGGGCCGAGGCGGCGGAGCUGCACGUGCUGGCGGUGCUGGCCAAGGCUGAGCGCAACGAGGCGCUGCGGGCCAAGGCGGCGGCGGCGCUGCGCUCCCUCGUGCGCUUCGGCAAGCUGGGCCCGCGGGAGGCGCUGGCGCUGCACCUGCUCUGCGAUGGGCCCAGCAGGAGCCCCGCCCGGCAGCUGCUCCAACAGGCGCUGCGCCCCGCCGCCUUCAAGUACAAGGUGGUCUUCCACGACCUGGAGGUGCUGGCCCAGAAGUUGCAGCCCACGGUGGAGGCCAUGCAGAAGCUCUUCAGUGCGGGGGCUGGUAGCUACUACGGGGACUCGCUCUUCUUCCUCUCGGUCGCUAUGCACCACAUCAUGCCCAGAGAGGUUUCACGCAUCAUACAGGUGGACCUGGAUGUGGAGUACCGGGCUAACAUCCGGGAACUGUUUCAAGAAUUUGACAACUUCCCAGAAGGAGCGGUUAUUGGCAUCGCCCGAGAAAUGCAGCCAGUCUACCGGCACAUCUUCUGGCAGUAUCGGCAGGAACAUCCUGGGACCAAGGUGGGGGAGCCACCUCCGGAUGGGCUGCCCGGCUUCAACAGUGGGGUGCUGCUGCUGGACCUGGAGGCCAUGCGUCAGUCGGAGCGCUACAACCGUCUGCUGGAGCCGGCGGUGGUGCAGCAGCUGGCCAGCAAGUUCUACUUCAAGGGCCACCUGGGGGACCAGGACUUCUUCACCCUAGUGGGCAUGGAGCACCCCGAGCUGUUCUACAUCUUGGACUGCACCUGGAACCGCCAGCUCUGCACUUGGUGGCGUGACCACGGCUAUAGCGACGUCUUUGACCGCUACUUCCGCUGCGAUGGCCACGUCCGCCUCUACCAUGGGAACUGCAACACGCCCAUUCCAGCGGAGUAGCAGCUGCUUGGGGGGGCAGUGGGGGCUGCUGCAGGUCGGACCUGAGGUGCAGCAGUGAGGAGAUUGGAGGUGGCCUCUGGGGCCUUCCGAGAAACAGUCCCGUAGCAGCCCAAGCCGUCUGCCCUGGGAUGGCAGGGGGCCAUGCUCUCCUCUCUGGGAAGGAGCCAUUGCCUGGAGCUGCAACUGCACCUGGCCCUCAGACCGGGGGUGGGGGGGAUGUUAGGCAGAAGGGCCCGUAUCAGUGAGCAUAUUGGGCCUGGAGAAGCAGCCGCUGGGCUUCAUGCUUAGAGCGCCUCCGUGGAGGGGACCCCAAGCCGCCAUCCCAUCUGGUUCUGAUACAGAUUUGGAAGGGACCUAAUGGGUCAUCUAGUCCAACCCCCUGCUCAAGCAGGAGACCCUAUAUCAUUUCUGACAAAUGGCAAUCCAAUCUUUUCUUGAAAGUGUCGUGAUGAAGCUCCCACAACUUCCGAAGGCAAACUGUUCCAUGGGUUGAUUGUUCUCACUGUCAGAAAGUUCCUCCUCAUUUCUAGAUUGAAUCUCUCCUUGGUCAGUUUCCAUCCAUUAUUCCUUGUCUGGCCGUCAGGUGCUUUGGAAAACAGCUUGAGUCUUUCCUCUCUGUGGCAGCCCUUCAAGUAUUGGAAGACGGCUAUCCUGUCUCCCCUGGUCCUUCUCUUCACUAGACUAGCCAUGCCCAGUUCAUGUAACCAUUCAUCGUAUGUUUUAUUCUUCAGUCCCCUAAUCAUCCUGGUUGCUCUCCUCUGCACUUUCUCAGUCACCCUCUGCUGGUUUGAACUCCUGGCUGGAGCUGCCUCUGGGUUCCUGGGCUGGGUGCGUGGAAGGGGGUCUCUGGUUUUCAGUGGCCUGCAGGCCUAGCCUUCGCCCCCAAGCAGGAGGAGAAGGUAAAGGGUGGGAUGCCGUGGCUUGUCCCACCUUUUGCAAUAAAAUUGUGAGGACUACUACCA